GCUGGUCUUGCGGACGUACGCCGUACAAACGACACGAUUCCGUUCGGAGAGAAACCCCGAGAAUGGUGGUGAUCAGCGAGUGUUCGGCUCCAACUGCGUCUCGCUGCUUCCCCGUGAGCCUCCGCAAGGACGCCGCCGGCGUUUUGGUCCGCCGCUUGUCGCUGCCCCGCCGUUCUUGGUCCUCAAAGGACCCGUCUUUCCGGACCCUCGCCGUCCGCGCUUCGACCCCACUUUCGGUGGCAAGUGAGGCUUGUGCCAAAGUGAUUGACGGGAAAUAUGUUUCAAAACUAAUCAGAGACGAGAUAUCAGCUGAAGUAUCCAGAAUGAAGGAGGCAAUUGGGGUUGUACCAGGGUUAGCGGUGAUCCUUGUUGGCGACAGGAAGGAUUCCGCAACUUACGUACGCAACAAGAAGAAGGCUUGUGAGUCGGUGGGGAUUAACUCAUUUGAAGUGCAAUUGCCCGCAGACUCAAAAGAAGAAGAAGUGCUCAAGUUUAUCUCAGGAUUCAAUGAUGAUCCUUCGGUUCAUGGCAUCCCUGUUCAGUUACCAUUGCCGUCAGUAUGUUCCAAUGCUAACUCCUUUUACUUUCGUCCCAAUUAAUCCAUGUGGAGUGA